UUUGUCCUAUAAAAUGUCAUUGGAGUUUUGUCAACCGAGACGUUCGAAAUUUUACGUACGAGUAUCCGAAUGUGGAAUCCUACGCGAAAAUAUACGGAUAGGCCGGCUAUUAUUUUAGGAAUCGAAACAAGCUGUGACGAUACAGGAUGCGGAAUCGUGGACACCGCAGGAAAAAUAUUAGGCGAGGUGAUAAACUCGCAGCAUCUUACUCACUUAAAAUAUGGUGGCAUAAUACCUACAAUCGCUGGCAACAUGCACAGGCAACGAAUCACUGCAGUCUGCGAGGACGCACUGAAAUCAGCGAAUCUAAGAUUAAGAGAUAUAGAUGCUAUUGCAACCACAACUAAACCAGGUCUUCCUUUAUCACUCGCUGUUGGAAAUACCUUUGGCAAAUACCUCUCUAGGAUCAGUAACAAGCCAUAUAUACCGAUACAUCAUAUGGAAGCUCAUGCUUUAACUGUACGGAUGGAAGAAAGAAUAGAUUUUCCUUAUCUCGUUUUGCUCGUAUCAGGUGGCCACAGUUUAUUAGUAAUUGUUGAAAAUGUGAAUCAAUUUUACACAUUAGGUACUACAUUGGAUAAUGCACCUGGUGAAAUUUUUGAUAAGAUUGCUCGUAGACUUAAACUUGCGAAUAUAUCAGAAUUUUCACACAUGAGUGGUGGCCAAGCAAUAGAAAUGGCAGCGAACAAAGCGACAAAUCCGAAAAAAUUUGUUUUUGAACCUGCCAUGACGGGAAGGAGAAAUUGUCAAUUUAGUUUUUCGGGUAUAUCAAACAAAGCAUUACGAUACAUUCUUAAACAAGAAAAGGAAUUUGCGAUUGAUGGGAACACAAUAAUCCCCGAUGUGUAUAAUCUCUGCGCUGCACUACAAAUAGCUGUUGUAAAGCAUAUGUGUCUCAGAACACAAAGGGCAAUGGAAUUUAUUAAUAAUUUGAAUUUGAUAUCGCCAGAGAAACGAACUUUGGUAGUAUCUGGCGGAGUGGCAUGCAACAAUUUCUUAGCAAAGGCUUUAGAAAUUGUUUGCUUGGAAAAGAGUUUUAAAUUCGUCAGAACUCCACCCCGAUUGUGUAACGACAAUGGCGUAAUGAUAGCAUGGAACGGCGUGGAAAGGUGGAUAGCGAAUGUAGGUGUUAUCCGAAAUAGGGACGAAAUUGAAAUGAUAGCUGUCGAGAAAAAGGUACCACUUGGGGAAAGUUGGAUCGAAAGAGUGCAAGAUGCGAAUAUAAAAUGUAAAUUAGUAAAAUUAAAGGGGCUUUGUGAUUAAACAUCUGAUAUGCAAUUUCAAUUUCUCAUUUUAACAAAGACCUUUUAUUUUCGAACAAUUAAUAAAUGUGUUUGUUAGAAAAAAAUUGGAGGAAGAAAAAAUUACUUCACUUUUAAAAGAGAUCUUAGCACACUUUUGACGAGUCGGUAUUAAUAAUAGAAUCAAUUUAUUUGUUUUAUAAAACAUUUAUUUUUAUAAUGUUAUACGAAUCUAUAUAACAGUCGGUGUGCGUUCUUCGUUUUGUCGUUUUAUCCUAUCUAUCAGCUGUAAGUCCAAGGAAUCGCCAUACUGAGCGAUAUGUUUCUGUUCCUCAUACUUAUCUAAGAUGUUUCGUAUCCUCUCUUUAAUUGUUUCUAUCUCGUUUGUAUUGUUCAAAAUUAAAGAUACGGGUAAAAUAUCGUCGAUAUGUAUUAUUUGCUUAGGUCGCAUUUCCUCUGGACAUGUAGCCACAUAGCCAGAUAAAUCGUGCAAUGCCGGCUUAAUUUCUUCGAGGAUACUAUCAGCAUUUUCAGUGUCCAUUUUAUUGAUUAUAAUCAUGGUUGGCAUUUUAAUAGGUCCGGUUUGUAAAGUUCGAUCUCCUUGUUUAAUAAAACCACAGUUUCCAAACAAGAUCUGUGUGUAUGGCUGGAUGAUAAUUGAAAACCUUGUAUGUCUACAAUAAACAAGAGCAGCUUCGUCCUUU